CCCUCCCGCAUCGUUCGUUCACUGUCCGCACCGCUCGCUCGCUCAGUCGCUCACAGCGCUAGCUCCAUUCGCUCUCCCAGUCACUCUCCCAGAUCCGCUCGUCGGCGGCCCGCGUCCCCAUCGCCAGCCUCCCCUCUGCCACUCCCCCUCGACGUCGGUCUCUCUGCCUCUCCCUCUCGACGUCGCCGGCCUCUUCCACCACCCGUCCUCCAGUCACAGUCUGUAUGCGCCACUGAAAAAUUUGAUUUUUUUCCGCCGGUGACGAGCUUCUAUGCGGUGGAGGCGCGCGGGCGCUCGAUCUACGUGCGCCGGUGGAUCCACCCCUCCCUAGCUCCUACCUCCACCCCUACAGAAGGCGAAGAAGACUCGGCCCAGCUCCCUCCUCUCCCGGAUCCCCAGGCCCAGCACGACGUCGCCGGCGGCCCCGCCGGCGCUCGGGCGCUUGAAGAGGCGGAAUCGGAGCUGCUGCUGGUGGUGGAGGCCCCCGGGGGAGGCACUGGGGGAGGAGGCCUCCGCCGCGUCCUUGGGCGGGCUGCCCAUGCCGUCAGUCCGCGGCGAGCGCAGGGAGCCACUAGUGGCGAACAAUUCCGUGGCGGCGGCGCCGGACUACGGGGACUACAGGGAGUUCCUGUCCCAUUACUGCAGGUUCUGAAGAAUGGUGUGGAGGUGAAGUUGAAGAGGAAUGCCCUGAGUGUCUUGGAAGCUCCAGCUACUGUAAGACCAUGCCAUCAUUCACAAUAGCGGGUACUGGGCGAGGAGAUGAACCUAGGCCAGCAGCUCCUGUGCAGCGGCGAGUACUUCAGCGGCAGCAGCUCCUGUGUGCGGUGAGUGCUUCAGCGGCAGCAGCUCCCCUGGGCGCGUGCGGGCACCAGCUCGCCUUCACCAGCAGCCGGCAGCAGAGCAGCAGCUCGACUCCACCAGCGGACAGCAGCACAGCACCAGCUCGCCUCCACGAGCAGGCGGCAGCAGAGCAUCACCUGGGCGCGCGCGGUCCAGGAGGAGCCCCAGGACGGCGUGGGUGGAGGUGGAGGCGGGGGCCGAGGCGGAGGUGGAGGGCGGGGACGGAGGCGGGGGCGGAGGCGGAGGUGGAGGGCGGGGCCGGAGGCGGAGGUGGAGGGCAGGGGCGGUGGCGGAGGUGGAAGACGAUCCAGCGACCUGAUUCAAAAUUUAAACUAAGGGUAUAAAUGUCCAUUUGCCCAUUUUCACCUGGUCGGAACAUUUGCCCCAGCGACCUACAUUUCGGUACAGAGGGAGUACUUCAGAAAACAUCUGACAAAAUAUUAUUGUCAAUUGUUACUUAUAUUCGAUACAGUACUGCACUCAGGUUCCAGCGCAGUACUAUCCAAGUAAUUACUCCAAGAAAUUCUUCUUUUGCAAGCCCAUUAAAGAGAACUUCAUGUACUGACUGUUUCCUCCCAUAAAGAGAUGCCCAAAUCACAUUGUGCACGAA